AAAAAUUGGCAACUUUAAAUUGAGACUUGGACAAAAUGUCGAGUUUUCAAGAUGAUGACGAUAGGCAAAGAGGUUAUUCAGGAGGCGGUGGCGGUGGCUACGGAGGAGGAGGAGGUGGACGGUACAAUGACAGAAGAGGUGGUGGAGGAGGAGGAGGGGGCAGGGGUCCCCCACCUCCAUUUCCAACUGAGCCCCCAUACACAGCUUAUGUAGGAAACCUUCCUGAUGACACUGUCCAGGGAGACCUUGACUACAUAUUUGAGCAGAUGAAGAUUCAUAGUACCCGCCUUGUACAUGAUAAGGAGACAGGUCAAUUCAGAGGUUUCAGCUAUGUAGAGUUUGAAGACGCAGAUUCAUUAAGAGAAGCAUUGAAAUUGAAUGGAGCUAUAUAUGAUGACCGCCAACUCAGAGUAGACAUUGCACAGGGAAGGAAUCAAAGGAGAGAUGGGCAAAGAGGAGGUUCUUCUGCAGGUGGUGGAGGCAGAGGCGGAGGCCGAGGUGGCUAUGGAGGAGGUGGAGGUGGAAGGGAUGGAGGAUACAGAGGAGGCGGUGGUGGAGGCCGCUAUGAAAAUUCCGGAGGCGGGGGAUGGGAUGACAGGAGAGGAGGCGCCAGUGGAAGGGGAGGACGAGAUGAUGGGUACGGCAGAUCAGGAGGAUACGGUGGCAGGGAUGGCUACGGAGGGGGUCGUGAUGGGUACGACAGAGAUAGGGGUUAUGGAGGAGGCGGCGGCAGGGGAAGAGGUGGCAGAGAUGAUUACAACAGGAGACCACAAGAGACAUUUAAAGAACCUACAGCAGAGGACGCAGCUGCCAGGCCAAAGCUCAAAUUAGCACCACGCACAGUUAAGGACCCGGUCGGAGGUGCACCUUCCAGGAGGUCAGACAUUUUUGGUACGGGGAAGCCACGCGAGGAAAAGAAUGUGGACAAGAAGGAGGGAGAAGCUUCCUCAUAGCCGCACCAACCAGAAUAAUUGCUGUAUGUAUAUGUAAUUAUCAAAUGCAAAUUUGUUAUAUGAAUUCGAUGCCUGUGCAUUGGAUUCUGUCCCUAGUUUCUGAUGUUGUGUGAGAGUAGCUCCCACUUCUUCAGUUUAGUUAGUGAUUACAUGAAAGGCCACCUCUAGAGAUCAUGUGGCUUGCUUCCACAAUUCCUACCCAUGGCAGAUGUGAGUUUCUGUAAAUAUUUCCUGUAUUGUGCAUUCAUUGGUCCAUGCAGAAUGACCUCCUCCCCCUUCUUUCUCUUAAUUCUCUCUUUGUUGAAACAUGUUUUAACAGAUCAUUUUCUGUUUGUGUAUGAAAGUCUAUAUAUAGCAUGAUUCCCCUAUCACACAUCAAGUAUGUGCUUUAAGAAAGAGCUAUAAAUGUGAAAAGUAUUCAGAAUAGCACUUUGCUUUGUACCAUCUUAAACCAAAUGUAUUAAGCUUUUUUAUUUAUUUUGAUUUUGAUAUUCAUUCAAGAAUUUAAGUUAUAUAAUUUCAAAUGAAUGAUGUACUCUGUUUGAUUUAGACGGCAUUUGAUUAUAGAUGUUACUUGGAACACCAUUAUCAUCUCAUAUAAUGCAAUUCCAGCUUUCAUACCAUUGUUUUGUUGGAUAGCUUUUUACUGAAAAAUAAAAUCGUUAAUAUUUAUUAGCAAGAACUUUUCAUAAUUCACUUUUUUUCUCAUGUAAAUUUGAUACAAAGCACAAUCUAAUUCAUGAUGACAUUGAUUGAAAAUUAUUUUAAUGCUGUUAUAAGUAUAAAAUAGUCUCUGUUUCUUGUGAAUUAAGUUUGGCAGUGUAUAAUGUAAUGAAAAUUAGCACUCAUUUGAGGACACAUACUUUCAAAACAGAAAAACCAAUCAGUAUUUUCCAGUAGGUGGAAGGUUUAUGUAAUGUAUGUGUGCAGAAUAUAUUUUUGGGGAAUGUCUAUGUUUAAGGAAAUAUGCUAAUCCAUGCUCAAGGCAUGAUGUAGAAGUUCAGAAAUCAAGGAUGAGAAUAUAUAAGUGUAACAAUUAGUCCAGUUGGUUGACUAAUACCAUGGUCACAUUUGCUCUACGGCGGCCGUACGGCGAGUCAAAAACACCCGUUUGAACAUUUUUGUACCAACCACAUUUAGGGGGUUUAGAUAAAAAUUAAGAAAAUGGCUGUUUUCGACUCGCCGUACGGCCGCCGUAGAGCAAAUGUGACCAUGGUAUUACUAGUAUAUUCUUUGUGAGAUGCACUUGUUGUGUAUUUGUCCUGCUUUAAAGGCCCAAAAGAUUUUAAGUUGCCAAACAGGGGAGGAUCAACUCAUCAACUGAAUUUAUGUUCAUCAUAUCUCUCUUUUCUAUAUAGUUAGAAACCACUUCGCCAAACAUAAAGAACACUUUUUGUAUACUAUCAAUUUUAGUUAUAGAAUGUCUGUUUUCUUACACGUGAAGUGAUAUGUGUAGAAAUGUGAAAAGUCUUAGGUCAAAUGCAGUCAUAUCAUAACAAAAUUUUUCCUGUUUUCCAUUCAUCAUUCUUUGUUUUAUUUCGUGUAGCCAUACAGCAUAAUAAGUCAACAGUAGUGUGCAAGUAGUUUUGCAGCGUUUUAUUUCUGUGUUGCAUGACAUAAUCUUUCGCUGUACAUAAUGCAUAUAAAUACUACAACUCUCUUCUUAUAAUGCCGUGGAUGUAAAAUGCAUCUGACUUUGUUCAUAUUGGACAAAAUGUCAACAUGAUCUGUCACGAAAUGAUCUGGUAAAGGUUUGAUAUCCCAUUUUAAAUUCCAGAUUGCUGGAAUUUGUUAUGGUCACAUUUUUAAAAUUGGAAGAAUAUGUUAGUUAAUUCAUACAAAAAGUAAAUCUAGUUGAAUCAAUGAAGUUCAAUUUAACAAACAAGCAAAAUUUUGUGAAACUUCAAAAUAUAUUUUCAUUACAUAGUUACAGCAUUGUAAAUUUGGUUCAUUUAAAUCAGGGGCCCCCUUUUGUUUUAUUGCUUUUCUGGACAAAGUUAUCAUGACUCCUGUUGGAAUAUGUCUGACAAGAUUUUUAUACACAUAUAAACCUUUGAAAAGAAAGGAAAAAUUGAUCUGUAUGAUAAUUAAACAAUGCACUAAAGGGAUUAGAGGUUGGAUAUAACUAGAUAUUGUGUGUAUAUUGCCUGUUAUAUGCAUGUCAGCGUGUUGAGAAGUGAUAAACUCCAAAACAAUUCAAUAUUAAUUUUUUUUUUUAUCGUAUUGAAAUUUUACCCAUCACUUUUUCAAAUGCAUUUACUCUUAAUUCAAUAGCAAAUUAUUUGGGAUGGAGUUUUUAGUUGGCACUCUGCAUGUACCAAAUCGUAUGUUUUGUAUGUUAAUACAUUUUUUGUCAUAUAUCUUAUGCUAAUUUGUGUUUCUCUAAUAUCUGCUGCUUUUCCAUAGCUCUUUAUUUUUCUGUAUACUUGUAUACCAUUUGAAUGAUGGAACUGAAUAGUUUGCAUGAUAUUUGAUUAAAGAGGUACUUUGGUCUGAAAAUAUAUCUAAA